GUUCUAUCGCCCUGAUAGAGUUUCCCGGGGCCAGAACAUCAGAAGGGCGCUGGAACCCUGGAAGCCUCAACAUGAACCCAAUUGUGACCAACAGCAGCCCCUGCCGCUAAACUCCGCGCACGCGGCCUCCACAGCAGUCCGAACUCCACGGCACCACCAGCCUGUGUCUGAGUCUGAUGAGUCUGACUCCCCACCUCGAGACCACCAUGCAUCAAUUUGUUACUUCUCCCCUCCCCCUCUGAGAAUUGUCAUCAACUGCCAGACUGGACUCGUCGACGCUGUUCGUGCGGCUAGAUAGUAGUUCCAGCACCAGCAUUGAUCUGAUCUCGCGCAUGCACGCGGAUGGCCCACGAGCGAACGAGGUGCACCGCUCAUUCGAAUAUUCGUCAUCAAUCCCCGCCCCCCUCUGAGUCCAACUAAUAAUCACGACGAUUCCUCGGCUCCCUCAUUCGAGGCUCACGAACCAUCAUAACAAGCAACACCGACUCCGUCAUGGCCUUCCAACUACCACCAGGCGUGCAUCCGCCGCCUGCGGCCUCCUUCAACCCCCCUCAGAUCUUCGGCUCCUAUGCCACCGACGCCCUGCCGCAACUUCCGCCAGAUCUCGCGGCCCAAAUGUUCGCCGACUCGCACAACUUCCCCUAUGACGAGUCACAAGACGCCAAGCGUAGACGCAUCGCCCGAGCCUGCGACAUGUGCCGCAAGAAGAAGAUCAAGUGCGACGGUAAAUUGCCCAGCUGCACCCAGUGCAUCAACUACAAAGCCGAGUGUGUCUUCACCCAGGUCGAGAAGAAGCGCGCACCCCCCAAGGGCGCCAAGUACAUUGAGGGCCUGGAGAACCGGCUGGGCAGGAUGGAGCAUCUGCUUCGGUUGAGUGGGCUGCUGGCCGAGGGCGAGGAGACGGACCUGGGCGCCCUCGAGAAGAAGCUCGAGGAGCAGAGGAACUCGGAGGCUAGUCGACAAGGAAGCCUUGCCGUGCCCUCGACACCCGCCAGCCCCGCGACCAAGGCCCCCUCUACGACAGCAGCAGAGAGCCAGGCAUCGCCUGCGGAUAACCUCUCACCACUUCCCAAGGACAAGGACAAGGACAAGGAGCAGCAGCAGCAGCAGCCGCCGCAACGGCGCAGUUCGAACGUCCGCACAGCGAGCGUCGAGGACGCUGAGCCGGAGGAGGAUGUCGAAAACUUGUCGGACCUCAUGUGUUCCCUCGUGACGACCCAGUCGGGCGAGACGAGAUACCUUGGCUCCUCCUCCGGGUUUAGCAUCUUCUCCCCCAAGGGCAUACAGUGGGUGAACCAGAAGACCGGCAACGACUCGUUCCGGAACAUGAUCUCGGAAGUCUCCGAAGAUGACCACAAGUGGACAAACUGGAAGCCCGAGGUGUUCAGCGACGUCUUUAGACGACCCGUCUUCCAGCCUCUCCCUUCCAAGGAUGACGCGCUUUCCCUCCUCAAGGACUACUUUGAGAAUUUCAACUGCAUGUUCCCGCUCUUCCACCAGCCGACCUUUAUGCACCUCGUGCAGCGGCAGUACUCGGCUGAUCCGUACCAAGGCUCCGGUUGGUGGGCCAGUCUUAACUGUGCCCUCGCCAUCGCGCACAGACUCCGUGUCAUGAGCCAUCUCGUCCCCCAGGAGGAAGACCAGGUGUCGUGGGGCUACCUCAAGAACGCCAUGGGCGUCUUCACGGAAUUGACGAUGCGUAACACCGAUCUCCUGUCCGUGCAGGCGCUGCUCGGCAUGGCCCUCUUCAUGCAGGGCACCCCCAACCCGCAGCCCAGCACGCUGUUGGUCGCAGCAGCGAUCCGUCUCUCGCACACCAUUGGCCUGCACAAGCGCGGCACCGGGUUCAACUUGAACCCCAUUGAGCUUGAGCAGCGGAAACGCGUAUUCUGGAUCGCCUACAUACUGGACAAGGACAUGUGCCUGCGCGCCGGCCGCCCACCCACCCAGGACGACGACGACAUGAACAUUGAUCUGCCCGACGCCGACCCGGAAGACAACAUUGGCAACAUACCCCUCGCCGACGGCAAGUCCAAGAUGAACAUCUUCCGGACCAUGUGCGAGUUCGCCGUCAUCGAGUCGGAUGUCUACAGGCGGCUGUACUCGACCAAGGCGACCAAGUCGUCUGUCGGCGAGCUGCUCAAUGCCAUUGGCGAGCUGGACUCGCAGCUGGAGGACUGGAAGGACGCCAUCCCCAUUGACUUUCGACCCGAGCACGAGAUCAAGGCCAGCCACACGCCCCUGAUCCUCCACGUCGUCAUGCUGCACUUUGCCUACUACAACUGCCUGACGACGAUCCACCGCAUGAGCGUCCAUCACGGCUUCUGGACGAGCCGGCUGAGCAACUACGCACUACAAGGGCUUAACACCAAGGCCCUCAACCCCCGCGUGUACAGCUCGGCGGCGCUGUGCACGGCCGCCGCGCGCGCGUCCAUCAGCCUCGUCAAGUACAUCCCCCAGGGAGACAAUUCGUGCGUCUGGAUGAUUCUCUACUUCCCCGUGUCCGCGUUGAUGACCCUCUUUGCCAACAUUCUCAACAACCCGCUUGACCCGCGCGCGAAGCCCGACAUUCGCCUUAUGAACCUCGUGGUGAAUUUUCUGAGCAUGCUGGGCCACGAGGCUGAGCAGGGUGGCGUGUACCGCAUGCUCGGCGUCUGCGCCGAGUUUGAGCGCAUCGCCAAGAGUGUCAUUGAGAAGGCAGAGAAGGAUCAGUCGUCACGGCGGAAACGCAAGAAUCACCACAACAACACCGAGAACAAGGCCAAGGCGACGCCCAACGGAGCAGGAGGAGCAGGCAUGAGAGUGCCCAACAGCAGCAAUCUGAGCCCUGUGCAAGCCGACGCGCCCGGUUUCAGUCCCCUCUCCUACGGACCCUCGCCGACCAUGCCAUGGAACACACAGGCGCCGCCACCGCCGGCCGACUUUUCAACGUACCCGACCAACGGUGACUUUGACAGCUUCGCCCAGCAGCAAGGCUUCCCCACGAGCGACUCGCCGGGCAGCAACGGGGGCAUGCAGCAGCAGCAGCAGCAGCAGCCCAUGCAGGGCACGGGGGCGGCGUUCCCCAUGCACCAGCCCAUGCUGCCGACCGACCUCUUCCAGCUGCCGAUGAACUUGGAUUGGGACUGGGCCGAGCUGAGCGGCGGCGCGUACCCGACGGUGGAGAAUGGGAACUUUGGCGGUGAUUCGAUGGGGUAGAUGUAGGCAGCGUCUGGGCAUCAGACGUGGCAUGUAUAUUUUUGUCAGAGUUAAGAAGAAGCUUGUUGUGUGUUCAAGGGUCCUCUUGUGGCUGUGUUCCGUCAUUGACAGCCGGACUCACCACAGCUCCAGCCGGUGUGGUGUCCUAGCGACGCAGAACCGGCGAUCUUCCUGGCGCGCCACUGGCCGUGACAAGAUCCCCCGAGGUGGGAUCGUCGUGCUGCAAAAGAUCGUGCUCGCACCAAGGCAGCA